CUGCGUGGCUGGCAGCGUUCAUCGCACGCAGCAUUCUGAACUCUCUUGUUUUGCUCAGUCGUCAUGUCUCAACCGCCGUCACACAUGCAGGAUCUAUCCCAGCAGAUCUCUGCAGCCACAUCCAUCUUGACCGACUUUCUCUCCUCCAAUGGCCUCCCGGAGCCCUCAUUCCGCGCAGAUGCCCCUCUCGAUGUCCCCAGCAUGCCGGAGGACGUGCAAGUCGCCCGCCGCAAUUUGCGAGAAGCAGCCCAGGAGCUAUACAUUCUAGCCACUUAUCCAAGCGAGUAUCUACGAUGGCUGGCCUGCAAUGUUUGUUCCCCCCGUCUUCGCCCCCAUCAGUGCUGCUCUGGAGUGACCAACGAUUGGCAUGACAGUAUCAUGACUGCUCGAGUCUACGGUGGCUCUACCAUUUCAAGAUCGCUUCAUUCGUGCCAUUAGAGGGCGCAAGGAGCUUUUCAGAUGUCGCCAAGGAUGCUGGUGUGGACGAAGGCCAUCUUCGGCGCAUGCUGCGGGAAGCGAUGACGAACCGGAUCUUCUGCGAACCCCGGGCAGGGUUUGUGGCCCACACGGCGGCUUCGAGUGCGCUGGUCCGCGACAAAGGAACUCUCAACUGGGUGGGUUAUACCUUGGAGGACUCCUUUCCUGCCUCUGCAAAGGUGGUCGAAGCGACCGAGGCAUUUGGUGCUUCUGAAGAGAAAAACCAUUCCGGCUGGAAUCUUGCUUUCAAUACCGAGCUUCCAAUAUUCCAAUACCUCUCCGACCAUCCCGAACGCGCUGAAAGGUUUGCAGAGACGAUGAAGGCCUUGACAAGCACAGAUGGUUACCAUGUGCGCCAUCUUGUGGACGGCUAUCCCUGGGGAAAGCUCACGCAAGGUACUGUUGUUGUGGACGUCGGCGGAUCCGUAGGCCACAUGAGCAUCGCGCUUGCGGAGAGAUAUCCGCAGCUCAAUUUCGUCGUCCAGGACCUCCCCGACAUUGUUGCUGCUGGCCAGCGGGCACUCCCUGCAGACUUGAAAGAUCGGGUCUCGUUUCAAACCCACGACUUCUUCACACCACAGCCUGUCCAAGCCGAUGUGUAUUUCCUCCGAUUUAUUUUGCACGACUAUUCGGAUACUCACGCGACGCUCAUCCUCAAGAACCUGCUGCCUGCCUUCAAGCCCAACUCAAAGUUACUGGUCAUGGAUGGAGUUUUGCCUGAGCCAGGUAGCAUGCCACGGAGUCAGGAGCGACAGAUUCGUGUCAUGGACUUGGAAAUGCUGACAAACUUCAACGCCAAAGAAAGAGACCUGGACGACUGGCGGAGUCUAUUCGAGAGAGCCGAUCCGAGAUUGAAGGUGGCCAAAGUGAUCAAACCUCCCGGAAGCGUCAAUUCAAUCCUCGAGGUGGUCCUUGAAGGCGUCCAAUGAUUGACUGAAUGCAUCGAGUGGCCGCACAAGAAGGGCAGGACGGCAGGCGACGAACAAGUCGAAAAUUGCACAGCCUGUCAGGCCAAUCAAACGAGCCGACACUCUGCACCUACAUGACCGCGAGAGAAUAACAUGGACGACAAACUGAUGCGGCCCUGAGCUGUCAAAGGCGACCUGGCUAUGGUCGAUAGGGUCGAGGGCGAGACUGCCGCAUGAUAGAGUAAGGGGAGCGCAGAAUAAGCUGCAUUGAUACGAUAUCCACCUUUCCUUUCGUCAUGGUUCUGAAGGUUGAUAGUAAGCAGGAGAGCGCCAAGUAGAUGAAAGGCCUUUUGCCUGCUGGUAAUGAGCUGCUGCUUUAUGGAGGAUCUCAGGGAGAGUUUCAGGCAGGCUCCUGAUUCUUGAUAGAUACAUACAGCAUCAACCCUCACAACAUCCUUGGGUAAAACUGCUCGCGCCUUACACCGGAUUGGGCCUGGACCCGGCGCCAGCACCGCUCCAGGCGGCGUCCCCAGAUCCAGGAACGGCGGUCUUAUUACCGCGGCACAGCUCCCUGGAGGCAUUUCGUCCUUGUGCCUGGAAUGUC